CUUAAAAGUUAAAUUACUUAAUUUGAUGUAAAAUCAAACACUGAUAAAUAUUGCUACUAUCAAAUAUUUAACAUGGCAAUAAAAAUACUCAAUUCUAGAUUUCUAUAGUUUACAUUUUUUCAUUAUAUUUGUCACUGUUGGCUGGUUCACCAGAUUUGAAGGAACGAAGGUCUCCUUUGUUGAGCUGCUUCACUGCUGGUAAGGGUAAUUCAGGACUCACAAUGAAGCUGAAGGUAGUUUGGAGGAAAGUAUCUGAUUAUGUUCGAUAUGAUCUGAAAGAGAUUGCUUUUCCUUCAUCUUUGCCGGACCCUCCUCACUUCAAAAAACGUAGGAAACUAACUUUGAAGGAGCGCUAUCUUGUGCUUAAGGAAGCGUCUAGGCUUUAUGCUGCAAGCUGGGUGAGGGACAUUGGUCCUGAACUUCGGCCCAAUGAACACAAAAAGAAGCGUGAGAUUGAAGGCGGGUUGGAUGAAGAAAAUGGUAACAGAAAGGAGAAGGAACCCUCAACAUUAGAGGAUCUAGCUGUGGCUGCAAGAGGUGGCAUGGAGACACUACGACCAGCACUGCAACGAGUUUACAUGACAAGAGCUUCCGCAUAUACAGAUGCACUUAAAAGUUUCAUACAAGGAUAUCAAGAAGGCAUCCAACAAAUCAUGGAGAAAAAGACAGACUCAAAACCAUCCGAAGGCGCUGAUGCAUCGAACUCCAAAGGACCAACUUGAGUUUUAAUGGACAAUUUGUGAGUUCAUCUUUUGCAAUACCAGCUGCAAGAACUUGUACGAUGUCCUCCCUUAUUUCUGUCGAGACAAUCAUGUUAAUGAGUAUCUCCAUUUCUCAUUUUUGUACAUAACUAGAAUGGCGGUGAUGUAAGGGAUGAUAUUUACAUGAACAAUACUCGGGUACUACCAGUUUUUGAGCACUGCUUUAUUUUGCUGUAUUUAUUUUACUGUUGUUUGAA